ACCUGACUUUUUAGUUGAAUGGUUGUUUCGGAACUUUUGUGUUCGUUUUGGUCAAUGGUCACAAUGUUUUGUUCGCAAAAAGAAUAGAAUUUCCAACGAUUCAGUGAUAAUUUAAAGUAAUUGAAGAAUGAAGUGAAUUGACGCUAUCGUAAAAGGAGAAUAGCUAAGUGAUACAUUAUCACCAUUUGGAAUUUAAAUUCUAUUGCUCCCGCAUAACGAUAGCUACACCUUAGUUACGACACAGUCCGACAACAAACACACACAAAAUGAAAGCAAUCAUCCUGUCGAUCCUGCUAUUAGGAUUCGCAGAGUACGCAUUUGGCGACUACGAAAACACUUGGAAUUUUUACUAUGAACAACCCUGCUGUGGCAAUACGAAUGGUCAGCAUCACUUGAGACAUCACAAAGGUAGUGACCAUGUCAGAGAGUUUACGUGCGGCAAACUUUAUUAUCGAUCAUUUUAUCUGGACGAAAAACAGGAUGCGCUAUACGUUGGUGCAAUGGAUCGAGUAUUCAAACUGAACAUCAAGAAUGUGACGCUAUCGGGUUGCGAUAAAGAUCAUAUCAUGCUCGAACCAACCGGCUCGGACAUUGUCAAUUGUGUAUCGAGAGGAAAGAGUCAGUUAUUUGAAUGCCGAAACCAUGUGCGUGUAAUUCAACCGAUGCAAAAUGGUAAAUUGUACAUUUGUGGAACCAACGCCCACAAUCCAAAGGACUACGUGAUUUAUUCCAAUCUUACUCAUCUAUCUAGAUCUGAAUACGUACCGGGCGUAGGACUUGGUAUUGCUAAAUGUCCCUACGAUCCGUACGACAAUUCGACAGCAAUUUACAUUGAAAAAGGAAACCCUGGCGAUCUACCGGCUUUGUAUUCCGGUACGAACGCUGAAUUCACCAAGGCCGAUGCAGUGAUAUUCAGAACCGAUUUGUACAACAUUAGCAGUGGACGAAAGGAGUACAAUUUCAAACGGACCAUUAAGUACGAUUCAAAGUGGUUGGAUAAACCAAACUUUGUGGGCUCGUAUGACAUCGGAGAGUACGUCUACUUCUUCUUCCGUGAGACGGCAGUGGAGUAUAUCAAUUGUGGUAAGGCCGUCUACUCUAGAAUCGCUCGAGUGUGCAAGAAAGACAUCGGAGGAAAGAACAUUCUCAGUCAAAAUUGGGCCACCUACCUCAAAGCAAGACUCAACUGCAGCAUUGCCGGCGAAUUUCCAUUUUACUUCAACGAAAUCCAGGCUGUUUAUCAGUUACCGUACGACAAAACGAAAUUCUAUGCCACAUUUACGACCAGUACCAAUGGACUUGUCGGCUCGGCCGUUUGCAGUUUUGAUAUAAAUGAAAUUCACGCCGCCUUUGCUGGUAAAUUCAAGGAACAAGCAACAUCGAAUUCGGCAUGGCUUCCAGUACUUAACUCGAAAAUUCCCGAACCUCGACCGGGAACAUGUGUUGACGAUACGUCCAGCUUACCGGACACUGUACUUAAUUUCAUCCGAUCUCAUCCUUUGAUGGACAAAGCUGUCAGUCAUCAAUACAACAAUCCGGUGUUCUAUCAACGUGACUUGGUGUUCACAAAACUUGUUGUCGACAAAAUCAAGAUCGACAUACUGACCCAGGAGUAUAACGUUUUCUAUAUCGGCACUACGGAUGGACGGAUUUAUAAGAUCGUGCAGUACAUCAAGAACAAUGAGUCUAAGUCGAAAUUGCUGGAUGUCUUAGAGAUCGCCCAAAACGAAGCCAUCCAAGUCAUGGAAAUAAGUCAAAAUCGUAAAUCCUUGUACGUCGCCACUGACUAUCGUGUGAAACAAAUCGAUUUGGCUAUGUGUAAUCGUCGGUACGACAAUUGCUUCCGAUGUGUUAAGGAUCCGUACUGUGGUUGGGAUCAGGACAACAACAUUUGCAAACCCUACGAAUUGGGACUGUUACAGGAUGUUGGUAAUGAGACGUAUGAUGUCUGCGACUCAAGCGUACUUAAAAAGAAAAUUGUCGUCACUUACGGCCAAAGUGUCCAUUUGGGAUGUUUUGUUAAAAUUCCGGACGUACUUAAGCAUCAGCAUGUCACCUGGUAUCAUCAUUCGAAGGAGAAGGGACGCUACGAAAUUAAGUACAGUCCGAUCAAGUACAUUGAAACAACGGAAAGAGGAUUGGUUGUGAUGUCGGUUAACGAAGGAGACGGUGGACGGUACGAUUGCCAUUUGGCUGGGUCGCUGUUAUGCAGCUUUAAUAUAACAGUUGAUGCGCACAGGUGUACUCCUCCAAACAAGAGUGCCGAUUACCAGAAAAUCUAUUCCGAUUGGUGUCAUGAAUUUGAGAAGUAUAAAUCGGCCAUGAAAUCGUGGGAAAAGAAACAAGCGCAAUGUGCUCGGCAAAAUUUCAGUAAUCUCCAUCCAAAUGAUGUAUUCAGCCGUCUACCACCGAAUGUUUAAAAAUAUUUUUUUUUGUUUAUUGACAAAACCGGACUUAUUUUUGUGAAAAACUGAUAUAAGUGAACUGAAAAUGUUGCGGCGGGAGGGUGGAAAAUAGUCUCAAACAAAUAAUAGAUCAACAAGAUGAACAGCAAUUUUCUUUAGGGUAACGAAAUGUUGGAUUUUUUCGGGAGAUUUUUUUCAAGUGAAAUUUAUAUCCAUCGGGACUGACUUUUUUUAAAAAAAAAUUUUUUUUUAGAAAUUUUUUUAACUUUUCAGACAUUUUUUUGCUGUUAAUUUUACAUUGAUUGUGAGCUCGUCAUUUUUUUACCAUUUUUACUUAAAUUUUUGUAUUAAAUUUUUCGUUUUGAAAUUUAAACUGAAAACAAAAGUAUUUUAGCGACCGUAGAUUUAUAAGAUAUAUUACACCUAGCAAGUAAAACCACUUAAGAUGACCCAAUAUUGUGAAUGUCAGAAUCAACUUUAGAUAAUGUAAGUGAAAAAGAAGAAAACAAAAUUUUAAUUCUUUUUUUUUUGUAAUUUAUGAUGAUGAUGAACCAGAUGAAGUAUUUAUAUUUUAGAGAAACGAAACAUGACAAACAUUUUUAAACAAAUUUUCCUUUUUAAAAAUUGCUAUAAACGAAAAGGUGUGAUACAAAAUGCAUAGGAGGAGAAAACAAACACUUUAUCGAAAUGAGCAUAUAGAUUCACGUACUUAUCGGUGAUAGAUAUUUUUUAAUGAUAAAAUUAAGCGAAUUGUAUGCUUGUAGCUUGCCAUAAAUCAGUGCAGUGUGUUCAUUCGCAAUAAACAGAAUCAUUUUUUUUUCACGUUCCAUUUAACAAUCAACAAUUCUAACGAACAAAAAAUAAUCCACGAAAUUCGUUGACUUAAUACUCACACCGAGUUGAACGGACUGCGGCUCAGUUUAUCAAUUUUAAUCUUUGCUGAAGAAUACAAUUUAUCUUUAUUCAACGAGAAGAAUGGCUCAACAACUCGAUGGCCAUUCGCUAUUAACCUGGGCUUAAUCUUGGAAAAUUGACGAUUUUUUCGGUAAAUUAUGGAAAUUUCACAUCAGUACAAUCAAUUUACCUUCCCCAAAAUAUGAAGAUCGUGGUUUUCACUAGUUAUAAGUUGAUGUGAAACUUGAAAUCGACUUGACAAAUCAACGUAUAAAUCAUAAGUGAACUUAUAUCAGUGAAAAUCUCAAUCCCCUGAUUUUAGAGAGGUUGUAAUUUCGACUAAUGUUGGUAGUUCACGUACAACUGAAAAAUUGCAAUUAACUUCUUAAUACAAAGUGUACGUACGAAAUUUCGUGUUGUAAUUUCUCCCGCUUUACGUCGUCAACAUGCCCAUUAAAUUAUAAGUCUGAUGUCUGAAUCUCUCCAUCGACAGCAAUACUUAAUAAGGGAACAUGAGAACCGUUCUUCGACUAAUUAGACUAGUCCAACGCUUUUAUAAUUUCAACAUUCAAGCAAAACGAUAGAUUUUUUAAGGUGAAAAUUGAAUUUAUAUAACAAAAAUGACCAAUAAAUUGCUUAAGUUUUUCCUUUGACUUAAAUUUAAGAACAAAUCAACUAAAUUAUCCGUCGUAGUAGCACAACAAAAUAAUUAUCAAGAUAUUUAUAGAUGUUUCAGCAGUUAAAUUAACAUUCAAACGAAGAAGUUUUCGAUAUAUUGCUAAAAUUAAACAAUAAAAUGGUAGACAGAAACAUAAGAACUAACUUACACAUAUUGUCCGAUGCAAUAAAAACAUUUUUUUUUUCGUUUAUUUUAUAAUCGCAAAUAGCAUAAAUUAGCGUAAACGUUAGCAAGUUACAAUUUAAGCAAUUUUAAGAACAUUUUUCCAACGAAAAUAAAAAUAAAUUAUCGAUUAAGACAA